AUGGCGAGCGCGCGUCGGACCUCCAACUUCCCCACACGCGUCCCCGGAAGCCACGACCGCCCGGGGAGCAGAGACACGGACAAGGAGGAGAUAUGGAAACCCAUGCUGGAUAACAUUUCGAGUGGGAAGCGACUGCCAGAAAAGAGUCUGCUCGUGCUGGGCGGAACUCCAGAAACACAGCGAGAGUUCCUCGAGUCGGUGUCGACAGACUCUGCAAACAACCGAAGACCGCCAGACCGAGGCAGGAAGCCGCCAAUUGCCAACCAAUUUGCCCUGGGCUACACGUACCAGGAUGUGCUGGAUACCGAUCACGAGGACACACUUGCUCGUCUUUCGCUCUACCUCCUUGCUAACCCCUCGCCCUCCUUCACCCCCCUUAUCAAGCCCUACCUCAACCCACGAACCCUCCCGCACAUGCUUAUCGUCAUACUCCUAGACUGGAAUCACCCGUGGCUGUGGAUACGGCAACUUCGCGACUGGAUCAGAGUACUGCGAUCACUCAUCGUCUCCCUCGAUGAUAACUCAAAGGUCGUCUUGGAAGAGAACAUCCAAACGCUGCAAGACAAGGGACGCAACUUGCCAGCUGAAGGCAGCAGCAUGGAGAACGUAAAGAUACCACUUGGGCCCGGAGAAUGGGAUGAGCCACUCGGCAUACCGUUAUGCGUAGUAUGUCAGAAUGCUGACAAGAUCGAGACGCUUGAAAAGGAGAGGGGCUGGAAAGAGGAGGAGUUCGACUUCAUACUACAGUACAUGCGCACUAUCCUUCUCAAGCACGGCUCAAGCUUGAUUUACACCAUGCCUACAGCACCGGGGUCGUUGCAAACACUUAUCCACUCCACCCUGGGCAUCAAGUCUCUGCUCAAACAAGAGCAGCUCAGGCACAACGUUACGGACCGUGACCGAGUAUUGGUCCCACCCAACUGGGAUUCAUGGGCCAAGAUUCGUAUUUUACGAGAAGGGUUUGAUGUCGAAGGCAUCAGCGAGAAAUGGAGUGUUGACAUUGAUAUACCCCAGUAUAUGCGCCCAACCAACGGCCAGGUAUCUACGCCCAUCGAAGGAGAAGCGCAGCCCAACGGCGAAGACACACAGGUUGCGGAAGAAGAGGACGACGGCCCCUCAGCGACAUCAAUCUAUGAGGAAACGAUCCGCAACCCAGAGUCAGAUUACGCACUUUCCAGCUUAUCGAAACAAGCCGACGGGCUCGAGGUCUCUAGCAAGGAUCCGCAGGCCUUCCUUGCUGAUCAAGUCAACGUCCUUGAACAUCUACGGCGGGAAGACGAAAACGAAGCUGCCAUCAAAGCUGCGCGCAAGGAACAAGACCCUUCGGCUUCUAGAGCGUGGACCGAAGAUGCAUCAGGAGUUGUCGAAGAGCACAUCGGACCUGUACAGUUCAACAUGGGUGGUAUUCAAGUCAAUGCCGAUGAGAUGGUGAAGAGACUGCAGGACCGGCAAGCCAGCCGAUUAGAUGAGCCCGAGACACCACCCCCAAAGACACAGGAUACCAACAUCAACGACAACGAGAAGCUGAGGUCCUUCUUCUCAAGUCUGGUCAACAAGGCGCCUUCAAACAGUCCGAGGGGAUCAUAG